AUGCCGCGGCAGCAUGUGCGGGAGCUUUGGCAGAUGGACGAAAUCGUGGAGGAGAUCCUCUUCCGCCUCCCUCCGGACGAGCCCGGGAACCUCCUCCGCGCCUCCCUCGUCUGCAAGCCAUGGUGCCGCCUCCUCUCCGACCACGGUUUCCGUCGCCGCUACAGCGAGUUCCACCAAGCACCUCCCAUGCUCGGCUUCCUCCAGAGCUGGUCAACCUCCGCCGAGUUCGUCCCCACCACAGAAUUUUGCCCUCGCGAGCCCGAUCCCCGGCACUCUUAUUCUGUGUGCGACUGUCGACACGGCCGCGUCCUCCUCCGGUUCAGGGAUGACGAUAAGCAAUUCUUAACCGUCUGGAACCCCAUGACGGGCAGCCAAAGAGUGUUGCGUGUCCCAGAAUAUUCGGGGAUGAGCGACUGGUGUACCUCGGUGCUCUGUUCUGGGAGCAGCUACAACCACGGCGACUGCCAUUUGGGUCCAUUCCUCGUGGUUUUUGUCAGCCUUCACGAGCAAGAAGGGGUCGCUAAGGCGUGUGUUUACUCGUCAGAGAUGAGUAAUUGGAGCUCUUCAGCCUCUCUUGAUGUCGGUUUCUUUGAGGAUGAAAUCCACUUCACUGCAAUGCCUAGUGUGCUCGCAGGAGACGCUCUCUAUUUCCUCAUUUCGAGGGACAGUAAUAUUGGUAUUCUCGAGUAUGACUUGGGCAAGUCCCGCCUCUCGGAAAUUCAUCUGGUGCCAGCGUCAACAUCGGCGAUCAUUUGCCCCAUCGCUCCUAUCCUCAUGGUGGCGGAAGAUGGCCAGCUGGGGCUCGCAGACCUGUACGAUUUCAACCUCUCCGUCUGGUGGAGGGAGGUGGGUCCCGAUGAAGUUGCGGUGUGGUCACAAUGUAGAGUCAUCGACCUCGAGACUCUUCUUCCCAUUGGCGAUCCUGAGGUAGCAACAGACUUGGUUGGCUCCAUUGAGGGCACUGGAAUCAUUUUUGCAAUCACAGAUCUUGGCACUUACAUGAUUGAUCUCAAGGCACUAACGUCAAAGGAGCUGUCGACCAAGCUCUAUCAACGUGAAGAUAUUGCAUGGGCCCUCUUUCCAUACCUUAGUUUCUACAGUCCACAAGGUGUUGUGGCUGGAGCAUCAAUUGAAACGGGACAUGGCAAUGAGGAAACAUAAAUCUCAAGCAAGCCGCUCAAGCAUGGAAGCUAAGGUUGCUGUUUUGGUGUUGGCUUUCAUUCUGGGUUUCGAGUUUGAUGGACGAUGGGAGAGUAGUUUCAGUUUAAUGGAUGAUGGGAGAGAUGUGUUGUGUCUUGUUAAUUAAGAAAUUAUCUCUAUUCUUGGUAACCAUGCUUUAGUUAUUCAAG